CGUCGAUGCUCUUUUUUAGCCACCGUGGCCCUUUAAGAAACUCCAUAUUGUCCUGACAUGUGAUGCGUCAACACAGAGGGAACGGAUGGUGCUGUUAUGUAAAAAAGAAAGAAAAAACAGAAUUAAAAAAAAGAAACAGGGUGAAAGUGUCGGUCAGUCGUGUGCAGGGAUGAGAGCGGUCUGUUUAGAGUGAGCUAACUGCGUACCCGGAUGGCACUGAGUGGGAAACAGUCCUCGACGAGGAUUGAGAGAAAACUCUGUGGAUAAAACGAAAGACUGAAGUGAGCCGUCAGCGCAGCCCCGCGCGCUCGCUGAAGAAUUAAAGUCUCGACCAGCACCUACACAGGAAGGAUCUGCAUGGAAGACUGUAAUGACCCAUGCACGGCAGAGGGAUUCUUGCAAAUAUCAGAGUGAAUCCAGGGAGCAGGUGAGCUGCCAGACACAUGCUGAAACCAUGGGCAAAGCCUGGCCAGAGUGCCCAGUGCAAGAAAAGAAGACGAAGAGACGUUCCUCCAAAAGAGGAGGAGAUAAGGAAAUAAAGGAGCAAAGUGCAGAUAAUGACAGGAAGCUUUAUCCUCUCAGGGGAAGGCUGGGAAUGAGUGAAGUGGGCACCUUAAACUGCCGCGUGGUACUGACCCGUCUGGAUGAAGGCGGGACUUGUAAGAGCAACAUGAAGGCUUUGUCUAAGAGUGAAGGGAAACAGAAGAGGAAGGCAAAGAAGGGAAAAAACAUGUCUUGCAAGUGUCACAAGAAGACCUGCAAAGCUUGCCAGAGAGCACCUGGACCAAAAAGCAACCUGAAACCUGACAAAACUGCCUUAUAUACCGAACUUCUCCUGGAGCCUCGCAAGCGACGACUGGCCUCUCUAAAUGCGGAGGCAGUCAACAGUCUGUUGUUAUUUAGAGAGGACCCUCAGCAGGCCUCAAAACUCACAAAAAAGCAGCCAAAUCCUCCAAAGGGGGAUUCCGAACUUCCAAAAGGAGAAACUGACAGUUCUAGGAAAGCACUGGAAGGUCGAAAACGUGCUCAUCCAGGAGAGACAGAGCAGAGUAAAACCCCCAAAAAAGCCAAAAAGCCAAACACAGAGUCUGAACAUCUGGAUCAGCUGAGUCUAAAUAGUCCAGCUCCAAGGCGUCUAGCGGGUUUGAAUGCGGCUGCUCUGCUGAAGCUUACUAGCACCUCAUCCGGAGCAAAGCGUCGAGUUAAAACAGACUGCAAGCCGGGCAAUGGAGGAGCGAGAACGAAACAAGUCCAGGUAAAGACAAAAAAGCAGCAGCACAACACACCCUGCCAGUCUACCAAGUUGCAAGAAUCACAACAGUGCUGCGAUCUUUGCAAGAAAGAAGCCCUCCAAUCUGAAGCGAUGUGGGAAGGCACUGCAGGGGGGCAUGGCUUCAUUAGGCCUGGUUACCAGUGUAGGUCCAUGCUGGGCUACUCCUUGAAGCCUGUGAAAGAAGAGAAAACUGAAGCUGAUGUGAAUUCCUGUUACUGCUGUUCCCAGGAGAGUUCUGUGGAGUACUGCCACCGACUAGCCCUGUUCCUUGGGCAGAAGGCCUAUCCUGAAUCAGAAGAACAUUCUAUGCCAUCUGUAAAGGGGUUCCUUCCUUCCCCUCAUGCACUGACACACCCAGCCUUGACCAUAGGCGCCCACCCGUACUCCUGCUACCCUGGUUACUACGUGCACAUCGCCCACCAUGGGUCCUCCACACUCCCUGUGAGCACAAGUCCUGGACCCCAUACUCCCUCAGUACCUCCUAUUACACUGUGCCCGAGUGGUGUCCAGAGACCCAAACUACUGUCCUCACCAGUUUCCCACCCUUCAGGCAUCCCUCACCCAGCAUACUGCAACUCUGUGGGAACCUGUUGUGGGGAACCCUGCAGGAUCGGCAGCUAUGCCUACAGACCCCCGCAGCCCAUCGCUAGCAGGGGAUGCUCAUUCAGCACCGGAUGCUCCAGCUGCAGCCACAAAAUCAAAAUGGAGGACUACCCCUACCCUCUGGAUGAGCACAGUUCCUCAAUCCCCAUGUCCCCCGCCCUGCCCCUGUCUGUCUGCCCCAUCCCCAGCGUGCCCCCAGCUGCCCAGCCCCUGCCCCACCUGCAGCCACCCCUGCCUGAUGCUGGGCGAUCGCAGGUCCAGCUGCGCGUGGGCCGUGAAUGCCCUCAGAGUGCCAAGCCGCCUAGCAGCUCACGGUCUGGCAUGCGGGACUCUGCCGGAUGCCCCCACAUGAAGGACGGCCAGCUGGGAGCCAGCCACGGCAGCCCCGCCGCCAAGCAGCCCAAAAUCAGCCGCAGACGGGCCACCAACGGCUGGCUGCCUGUGGGCACAGUCACUGAAAAGGAGGUAUUCAUAGUGGGUGAGGAGUCACCAGCACUGCGCAGGUGUUAUGAAGGAGUGCAAAGAGACGGAGAGGUGAUUAGGGUGCGAGACACUGUACUGCUGCGCUCUGGCCCCCGCAAGAAGUCCCUCCCUUAUGUGGCUAAAGUCUCUGCCUUCUGGGAGGACCCUGAGUCAGGGGAGUUGAUGAUGAGUCUGUUUUGGUACUACCGUCCAGAGCACACUCAGGGGGGCCGCAAUCCCAGCAUGCACUGUGAGAAUGAGAUUUUCGCAUCCCGCCAUCAGGACGAGAACAGCGUAGCGUGCAUUGAGGAUAAGUGCUACGUCUUGACAUUAGCACAAUAUUGUAGAUUUUGUGCCUUGGUGAAGCGUCGUGAGGAGGGUCUUUCCAAAAGUGCCCCCCUGGUCCCUCCCACUCUCAACUACACCAUUCCAGCUCAUCGCCGCGUGCCAGCCGACGUUGAUCCUGACUUGGUGUUUGUCUGUCGUCACGUUUACGACUUCCGCUACGGCCGCCUGCUGAAGAACCUGCAGUAGCACUGGUGAGAGGACAGGUUUGACAACAUGGAGCCAUACACUGAAACCAGAGCCCAAAAGCUGAAGACACAAUCAACGCCCUUAUCGAGGGAAUUCCUGAGAGGCCACAGGACUGACAAAAGUUAGGUUGUUCUUUGCAGACAGUGUCCCUGUACAAGCUGAGAGAGAUUUAAGGUUAGUCCUUGCAUAGUGAUUUAGCAUAAUGGCAUUUUGAGCACAACUACUUUGCGGUAAAUUAAAUCGAUGGCCAAGAUGUGAUCCGUCACUCGAUGAAGUUGCUUAUAUGUUUAUUUGGUUUGUCGAUAGUUAUCUUUUAUACUCGCUGGAUGUGUGUGUGGAAAAAAAAAAACGAAAAUAAUCAAAGUUUUAGGUACAUUAGGGGUACCUUGAAAUAUGAAUUAGAGGUCUAAAUAUUCUUUUCUUGACUGUAAACGUGCCCUUAUUGGCUGUAGAUCUAUUUAUUUAUAGAUAUAAGGUGGAAAAUAUAUUUAUUUUUAGAGCAAUUAAAAAUGAGGUCCCUAGUUAAAGUAGACAAGACCAAGAGUACUUCCUCUUUCCUGAAUCGAAUCUAUACUUUUCCCCACCAAUCACCAGUCUACCAAUCUGUCAUACCAGGCUGUGGAGGACCAUAGACAUUCUGGUGGACCAAAUAUCCAAGGGUUCAACUAGCAGUUGGCUAACUUCAGUACUGAUUGACCAAUGAAAAGGAGGUUUGUUUAAAAAAACUCUCAUCUUACUGUAAUUCAUGAGGACUUGCCUUACACCCUUACAAAGAGCGUGUCCUGUUUGUCCCACCUCACAUCCUGCCUUUCCCAGCAAACCAAAGCUUUUCACGCAGCGCCGCUACAUGUGAACCCACUCUCCCUGGCCGUCAUUAGUUUGCACUAAUCUUAACGUUCAGCGAAUCAGCAGUUUGAUUCAGUCUGAAACUUUCAUCUGCUACUGACUUUAAACGGAGGAAAAUACUGUGUAUUUGUUGUACGUGUAAAUACAGAACAGAGAGAAUUUAACGUCUCUAGUAUUACCAACCGAGGGAGGCACUCUGUUACAUUCUUUUUUCCUAGCGUGUGAAUGGGGACAAAAAAAACGAUACUCACACUCCCGCUUUCAGUACGUGCCAUUGGCUUCCCCCCCGUAUUACCUUUAGAUGUGAUUGCUUCAUGUGUGGGAUUGAUACGAAAAAGCUGUUCCAUAUGGUCUUUUUGUGCCUUUAAUAGUUGAUAGUCUGCUAUGAGAAGAAUCAACAGCAUCAGAGGUUGAUUUUUUUCCCCCUCAUGGCUGUUUGCUUCCGUUGCCCAGCUCGUUUUCUACCACGCAGCAGUUUGUGCUAAAAGCCAUUCCUUAUGACUCUCAUUGCACUAUAGUGACCCUCACUCUCCCCUGCUGAAAUAGAAAAGUUAAAGGGAAAAAAAAUGGCCUUGAGUUGAACUUUGGAAGGAUAGAAAGGCCAGAAAAAUAUCAGCUGCAACGCUUCAUCACAGUAGCGGUAGCUGUGUUUUCCAGGCAGCAGUAUCACCUGGAUGUGUUGCACCACUGAACUGGAAUGAGCCCUUUCCUUAUUGCUGAAGUAGCGGAGCAUGUUUCACAUGCAGGACUGUCAUUUUCUUCUAGUGAGUCGAAUAACUACAGAAGUGUGACAAAGCAGGAUUUCCUGCUGUCACUCUUAACGCCUUUUCGAGCAGAUUCACUCCACUUAAUUCCUCAGUGAAUUUGUAUCAUAUCCAGACAUCAUCUCUGUGGAACUCAACACAGAAGGACCUGAGACUAGCAGGGUUUUUUCUAAAAGGCAUGCCUUUUUUCUUCCCCAUGUAAGGCCUUGACGCAGUGCAGAAGUACAUUUUUGUCAUGGGUUUUAUUCAGUAACUGCUAUCAUGUCGAAAUAAGCACCGUGUUUGUGUCAUCAACAAUCCAUUCCACUUACUAUUCAAAGAGCUGAGUAUCUAUCAGUCAAACUUGUACUGUUGUGAUAGAGCUAGAAAUGUGAUUUCUGUACUAGUUUAGUAAACAGAUGAAUCCCUUCAGCGCAUAUGAUGCCCAUGUUCGCUGGUGUUGGCCAAAAUGUACGCGCGUAUUGCAUUUCCAGUCGUCCCAUCGCCAGCUUUUCAUUCACCAUAACAUUUGUUGUGAGAAAUAUUUCUUUUGGUCAGAAAAAAAGGACAGUUCAGACAGGUUUUCCCGGACAAUGAGAAGACCUCUUUCUCAUGACAGGUUUGUGUAGCUGAGAAGUUUAUUUUUAACAAUUUGCUGUUUGUUCCAAAGACAUUAAAAUGUUUAUAUUGCUGUUUAAGAUGAAGGGAUUGAGAUGAAGUCCACUGUGAAAAGCCUGUCUCUUUAUAUUGCAACCCCAGUUCAUAUAGUACUUUCAAAGUCUAGGUGUUACAAUGAAACAGUGCUGGUCUGAUAUAUAUUUGAACCACGUUAGGGCUUUGGAGUUAAAAAGAAUUUGAAGGGUCUGUACUGAGCUUGGGCAAAACAGCGUCACGAUGAAACAUAGGGGUGGGUGAUAUGAUGAAAAUAUAACUAGUAUAAAUAUAACUAAUAAUUCGUUUUUCUGAGAUUUGAUAAGUUGGAACAAACAAAACAGAACCAGUAGCGCCACAUUUAAAAAUACUAUAAAAAUUAUUUUUGAUUAUUUUUUUAAGCUGUUUCACAUCCUGUACUGCACUAAAUCCAGUAAGCAGGUCCAGUUAUGCUCUUUGUAGUGAAACAUGCAUUCCGGUUCUUUAAGUAUUGAUGAUAUUCACAAUGUGCUCAGAAACAUUCAUUGAGAAGUGAUGUGACAGUUUAUCACAGUAGCGAUAAAUAUUGUCAUAUUGCUCACCUCUGUCUUAUUUGCAGUACAUAUUGCAAAUUGACCAUUUAUUGAAGUAUGCUCAUUUAAAAAAAAGUAUGUGAAAAGAAAAGGAAAAAGCCAUGAGUUUGGAGUUGGUAGUGAUGUCUAUAUUGAAACAGCAUAUUGUCACUGUCGAAAAGAAAACCUUUCAUCUCCAAAAUCUUCUCAAAUUUUACAGGGAAAAAAAACAAUGGGCCUCAUUUACCAGUACCUUCCUAAUUCUUUCUUAAAUUAUUUCUUGAGGAAGGUCCUAAAAAAGUCUACUUGAGUUAAAAAAAAUAAAUGUUGAGUGUGUGUAGGUUCUGUUCUCACCCAAGAAUUAAUGCCAAAUAAGAAAACAUUGGUGAAUUUGAAAAUGUCAGCUGCCCUUUAUAACUUUUCAUGAAGAAUAGAAAUGCUCCAAACCUUUGUGGAAUAAAAUGAUCUUAUGUUAUCUUACACUCGAUUUUGUAAGAAAACUGUAUAAGUGGGUUUUAAGAAGACAUUUCUUCUUAAGAAAGGUUGGUGAAUGAGGCUCAUUGACAACAUCUAGUGUAAGAUAAUUUAAGAUGGUCAUGGCUUAGGCUGUAUUACAGCACUUCAAUAUUUAACCUUCAAGAAGAGAUCUAAUUUCUUGUCAUACAGCAUGUAUCAUAUUUUUCCCAACCUAAAUGCAGUGUAUAUAGAAACAGGCUUUUCACAAAGAAAGUCCCUUCCACUAUGUUAUGGCAAUAUAAAUGUUAUUUAAAAGUCUUACAUAAUAGAUCUUUAAUCAGAGCAUUGUUGAGCUGCCUUCAGCAUUGUGAAUUGUCAUCGCUUCAGUAGAAAGUCGUGGAUGAGAAGUGUACAUUUGUGUUCCAAAUGGGCAGCGAGGAGGUGGGAGGUUCAUUCCGAGGUGUACAAAAACUCACUAUGAAUUCCAAGCGCUUUGCUCCUCCAACGAUGUGAGUGUGUGCGUGUGGGUGUAUGUGUGUAUACAGAUAUAUAUUUCAAUGCAGCAUGGAAGUACUGGGCAUUCUUGGAAAAAUUACAGUCCUAGCACAGCGCGUUUGUAUUAUUUAAGAUAGAAAUGUAUAUUAUAAGAGGAAAAUAUUUAAAUGGAAUAAAUAAUAUAUGAGUUUCA